AUGACGACGAUCGGGAGCAAGUCAAGAAGCAACAAGGACAAGCCGGUGGAUUCCGAGAAGAGUGAAGCGAGGACGACGACGAUGGAGAGCUGGGCAGAUGCGAUGCAGAAUCAGGUAACGCUGAGAGAGCGAAAGAAGCUUGUCAAAGGUUACUCUGAUUUCAUCGGAACCAGUGAGACAGUCGUGGAGAGUGUGCGUGAGCAGUUGGGCGUGCACAGCAAAUGUUCAGAGAGACAGAAAGAUGUGAUCGUGAAGCCAAUGAAAGAGUUUGUCAGCAAAUUGACAAAGCGCUACAACGAGCUGGGCAGUGGAAAGUGGGAGCGCGUUGUGAUGCGCAUAAUGCGAGAAAACGGGCUGGAAAAAUUGGAAGACUUGCGGGAUGCGGUCUUACCGGAUAAUUUGACAGCGAGCGCGAAAAAUAUGGAGUCAAAAGUGGUUGAUAACCAUUUGAAAUUGUUGCAGGACGGCUGGCGAAAAGAAAAGGAAGAGCUCGAGGAGGAACUGUCAAAAUCGAAGCGAGAGAACGAUGAGGUGGUCGAGAAGCUUGAAGAAGCGUGGAAAGCCGCCGAAGAGGAAACGAUCGAGGAGCUGGAAAGGGCACUUCUGAAGGAAAGGAAAACGUCGGAAAAAUGGAGAAACCAAUUGGAACACGAUGAAGGUAAGAAGAGAGAAAAAUUUUCAGGAAAUAAAGAGAAAACUCAGGUUCAUGCAAGGAGAUCGCCGUCAAGAAGUUCUAAUGGUUCGUCGGUGGAUUGGCACAAUGAGAGGAAGGAAAGAAAGACCGGUGAGUCUUUUUAUAAGAAGGGUGACCUGAAAAAUGAGCGAAGUGAAGACUGGCGCGUGAAGGUGAAGAAUUGGAGCAGUGCGGGGGAUUUUCCGGAAAGAAGUGUGCGAGUCAGCGAAAGAAGAAAGUGUGAGCGCGACAGUGAGAGAUGUUCGCGAGUGUCACGGGACAGUUCGCGAAUGGUAGUGGAGUGCCUAAGCAGAAUUAUGAGGGCGUCAGCUCUGCCAGAACCAGAGAAGUUCGACGGAAAAGGAGAUGUCAAGGAGUUUAAGAGAUCUUUCCCUCUGAAGUACAAAUCGGUCACGGAGCGUGAUGCCGAUAUGGUAGCAAUUCUGGAGGACAAAUUUUUGAAAGAUGCCGCAAGAACCUUGUUCAAGACACUUCCGAAUCGAUUUAAUCGAUCGAUCGAGUCGCUGUUUGAGGAGUUUGAAGAGAAGUUGAGGAAGAGGCGAGGAGAUCGUGAGGCGGAAGCUCUCAACGAGUUUGAGGAGCUGAAGCGAAAGCCGAAACAACCGAUGUGGGAGUACCUGAUGGACGUGAAAAAGUGGUCAAAGCGAGCGUUUCCCCAUCUUGAAGAAGAGACAAUGUCUCAACUGAGAGUCACGAAGCUUAUGAGAGCGCUAAGGGAUGACCCGACGAUGCAAAAGUUGAUGACGAUGAAGCGAAAUGAAGUGGCGAAAAAAGACCUGUACGAGUUCCUUAAGGAUAUCGUUCUCCAGCAAGAGAACGAAGACAAGAGAAGGCAAGGGCUCGGAAAAUCGUAUCGACACGAAAAGAAGGAAAUGAGCUGGAAAAAGGAGGACAGCAAGGUUGCGAAGCAAGAUAAUGCUGAAGCGAAAAAAAAAGAAUCAAAAGGCAGUAGCAAUGGGAGCAGAAGUCAGAGUGGAGACCAGAGGAAGGCAGAGAUAAAGUGCUAUAGGUGUCAAGAAAGUGGGCAUAUAGCUAGGGACUGUGAUGCAAAGAAGCGCUUGAUGGUUAUCGACAGUGGCACAGAAGUAUCGGUCAUGUUGACAAGAGUGUGGGAGGCACUGAAGAAAGGAUGUGAGAGCUGGAGACGUAAGAUCGAAGUACUGGCGAAGCCACCAUUCGUCGUGAGGAAUACGUCAGGAAAGAACAUGCCAGUGAAAGGACAACUGAAGAUUCCAAUCAUGGUGAGAGGAAACAAAGCUAAUGUGUGGUUCCAACUGGUGGAAGACAAAGCUGAAAUCCUCUUGUUCGGAACGAAUGCUUUCGAAAGCAUCGGGGUUGAGCUGGCAUGGAAGCCAAAGCAGGAAGAGCGCGUAAAGAAAGAGGGAAAAGGUCCAAAAGCGAAAUGGGAGACAA